GGUGACAGGCUGGGGAUGAGCCCCCCCUGCUCCCCUCCCGCCCCCCACACCCCACACGAUGAGUUCUGGGGGCUGUCCCCGAGGCUGCCCCCAUCUCCCAGCUUUAAUCCACUGUCACCCCUUCAUUCUGGGGGGGCUGGGGCCGGUUCUCUAUGCAGCAGGGGGGUCCUGGGGGGGUACAGCCCCCCCAAACUGGCAAUAAUUCUCUCCCUGUUUGAUCUCGUCCCGUCUCUGUUCUGUUUUAAUUUGGGGAAGGGGAGGGGGGAUUGGUUUUUACAAAUCCGGUGGCUGUCAUAAACCUCCCCCUUAAAGGCUUUUUUUUUUUUGGGGGGGAGGUGGUGGAUGAUUUUUUUGGGGGGUCCCAAAGUGCUAUUUUUUUGUACAAAAAGACUUAGAUGAAACUGUUAGUUUUGGGGGGCUCCUUUGUAAAUGGGGAACGACGAGUUCUUUUUGUAAUAAACACGAGUCGCUGGCGUUGUCUGGAAGUCUGCAGGGGAUCCCUUUGGGGGGCACGGCCGGUUUUUGGGAGGGUGGCAGGGGUGCAGUCAGUCCCGGUGGGGACAGGGGACCCUGAGCUCGAUUUGGGGGCUCACGGGCUCGACUUGGGGGUUUGGAGGAUGCAGUCGGUCCUCGAGUGGCCCAGGAGGGGACUGGGGACACUGAGCUCCAUUUGGGUGACGCAGGGCGGAGGGCCAGGCCUGGCUGCUCCCCCAAACACUCUGCUCUCUCCUCCCUGAUGCGUGGGCAGCACCUUCCUCCUCCUCCUCCUCCUCCUUCUCCUUCUUCUCCUUCUCCUCCUCCUCCUGCUCGUCUCCGCUCCCCACCGGCCCCGCAGAGGCUCCCAUGGGGCGCCCAGGUGGGUGCUGGAGGGGCACAGCCGGGGUUAGGGGGGCUUUUUUGGGGGGGUCAAAGCCACCCCAGGUGCACGUGUGUCCCCUGGCAGGCCCCCAGAACCUGACCUGCGUCUCCUACAAGCACCCGAGCGUGCGGGGCGCGCUGGGGGGCGCGGGGGCGGCGGCGGCCGGCGCCGUGCGCUGCCCCCCCGGGCAAUGCUGCGUCGGCAUCUGGAACCGCAGCCACGCUCUGGUGCAGGGCUGCUGGGGGGGCCGGGGGGACGCCUGUCCCUCGGCCACCUGCUCCCCCAGCCCCGCGGGACACCCCGGCAGCUCCGUGCUCCUGUGCCUGUGCCACGGCCACCUCUGCAACGGCAACGCCACCGGGACAGCGGCGGCGACAAGCGCGGCCGUGGGGCUGGGGGAACCCCGCCAGGGCCCAGUGCCUGGCCAGGGGUGGUCUGCAGGGACCCUGUGGCUGUGGGGUGCCAGCCCCCUCCUCCUCAUCCUCUUCACCUGUCUGGGCAUCCUCGGACUGCACCGGACAAGGGCCCGCACGGGGCAGCCACCGCGGGGGGGGCGGAGAAUCGGGGUCCCCCCGGAGCCCCCCAACCCGGACCUGCCUGCGCUGCACUUCCUGCAGGUGCUGCAGUCGGGGCGCUUCUCGGCGGUGUGGCGGGGGACGCUGCGCCAGCGGCCCGUGGCCAUCAAGGCGUUCGCGGCCGGGGCCGGCCGGAGGUUCGCGGCCGAACGCGCCGUGCACGCGCUGCCGCUGAUGGAGCACGAGAACGUGGCCAGGCUGCUGGACACCAGGGCGGCCGGACCCCGCGCCCGAGGGGGGCUCCUGGUCCUGCAGCUCUACCCGGCCGGCUCCCUGCGCCACUUCCUGGGGCAGCACGUGGGGACCUGGGCGGGCAGCGUGCGCCUGGCGCUGUCCCUGGCCCGCGGCUUGGCCUUCCUGCACCAGGAGCUGUGGCGUGACGGGCUGUACAAGCCCAGCGUGGUGCACCGGGACCUGAGCAGCCAGAACGUGCUGGUGCGGGAGGACGGCACCUGCGCCAUCGGUGACUUCGGGCUGGCGCUGGCGCUGCCCCCGCGCGCCCAGGACGGCACCGGUGCCCGGCACGCCGUGACCAUCCGGAAGCCCGUCCCUGAUGCGGGGGCCCUGGUGGUCCCGGUGGCCCUGGUGGUCCCGGUGGCCCUGUGUCCCCGAGCUCAGGGCCCCAUCGGGUGCAGGCGGGCACCCAGCGGUACCUGGCACCCGAGAUCCUGGACGAGAGCCUGGACCUGCGGGCCUGGGGCCGGGCACUGCGCCAGGCCGACGUCUACGCGCUGGCCCUGCUGCUCUGGGAGAUCCUGUCCCGCUGCCAGGCCCUGAGCCCCGGAGCCCCGGUGCCGCCAUUCCGGCUGGCGUACGAGGCCGAGCUGGGCUCCAGCCCCACCGGGGCUCAGCUCCGGCGCUUGGCUGCGGACGAGAGGCGGCGGCCGCUCAUCCCCCCGGCCUGGCACUGCGCCCCCCAG